AUGGCGAACAGUACAGACGAGACGGCGACCACGACCCUGGCUCCGGCGCCCUGCUUCUUGUUUGACAUUGAAGGCACCACCACAUCCAUCUCCUUUGUGCAUGAGGUUUUGUUCCCAUAUGCUCGCAAUCAGGUGGAAGCCUUUCUAGCUGCACACUGGGACACGGACGCCGUCAAGGCCGACGUUGACAAGCUUCGUGAACAAGUGAGCGGUUGUGGCAAACGUUCAGUGGCAGAUGAAGCAGGACCGAAAGAGCACGGCGCUGAAGCAGCUUCAAGGUUGUGUGCCAGCCGACCAAUUUUGCUCAAUUUGCUUGAAAAGAUAAUUCUGACCUGGCCCCUCGUACCCACUGCGCAUCCCUUGCUGGAGCUAGGCCAUAUUUGGAAGGACGCAUAUACCAGCGGCAACGUGAAGGGACACAUAUACGAAGACGUGGUACCAGCUUUUCAGCGCCUGACCGAGGCAGGUGCCCAGCUGUACAUUUACAGUUCUGGCAGCAUUGCAGCGCAAAAGCUGCUCUUUGGCCACUCUGAGGCCGGUGACUUGCAACCGUAUUUGAGUGGCUACUUUGAUACAACGACGGGACCCAAGCGAGACGCGGCCAGCUAUUCGGACAUUGCCGCGGCCAUUGGUGUGACACCACAGAGUAUCAUCUUUCUCUCGGACCGCAUCGAAGAGUGCCGUGCUGCGUCAGCAGCUGCUAUGCGCACUGCCCUUGUGGUGCGGCCCGGCAAUGCCCCACUUUCCGAGGCUGAGCGCACGGAAUUUCCGAUUCUGCACGACUUUACUGGUCUGCGUGGUGCCAAGUUCACCCAAGCCCAGGCCGGCGACACAGAAGCCAAACGAUCAGCCUCGGGCGAUGGCGCUUUGGCUGCUAAAAAGGCACCCCCAACUCACGACUUUUGA